AUGGUUCCAUACGGAUUUUACAUCCUUCUCAUCCUUACUGUUGCGGUCGAGUACGGUCAAGUGAGCGCACGUGACGAUCCGUUCUGCAAGGACUACCUUGACAGUUUUGCUUGUCGAAGUUGGCUGAACACGAUCUGUAAGAAUCCUAUGCUUAAAAUGCAUGCUAAGGCACACUGCAAGAAGACAUGUGGAUUUUGCAACGAUCCCUGGUGGUAG